CACAAGCUGCUACCUCGAUACUGCACUUCAGCCAGCUGCAGCUUAAUUAAGCUCAGCGAGAGUUGCAAUGAAGACAAUGCAAGCCCCAGCGGCAUCUUCCAAGAUCGUGCUCGUGAUGCUCCUGCUCGCCUUGGGCUUGGCGGGGGCAGCCGCCGACAGCAGCCGGAGGAGGCUCGUCUCCAGCAGCUCCGACGAGCCGUGCAAGCAGAUGACGCUCUACCUCCACGACAUCCUCUACAACGGCGUCAACAACACUGCCAACGCGACGGCGGCGCCGGCCACCAAGCCGACGGACCUGAGCACGUCGCACUGGAGCAACGGCACCUUCUUCGGCAUGCUGGUGGUGUUCGACGACCUGGUCACGGAGGGGACGGCGCUGCCGGUGGGGGACGAGGAGCCGGCGGCGCGCGCGCAGGGCUUCUACUUCUACGACAAGAAGGAGUCGUACAACGCGUGGUUCACCUUCUCCCUCGUGUUCGACUCCAAGGCGUACAAGGGCACCCUCAACCUCAUGGGCGCCGACCUCAUGGACGACGAGACGCGCGACCUCUCCGUCGUGGGCGGCACCGGCGACUUCUUCAUGGCGCGUGGCAUCGCCACCAUCCGCACCGACGCCACCGAGGGCUACUUCUACUUCCGCCUCAAGAUGGACAUCAAGCUCUACGAGUGCUACGUCUGAUCUGAUAAGUUAUCAAGAUGGUUUAUGACACGCACGCACGCAUGUGCCGAUAAGGAUCAAGGAGUGAUGUUGGUGCUGUUGUUUUUCUUUGUGUGAUGAGUUGCAUGCAUGGGCAUGUGGAUUUUGUGUCAUUGGUCUAUGUUU